AUGACGGCACCAGGAGACCCAUUAGCAUCUCGAUCACGACAUUUAUCAGCGCCCUGGUUCUACCAUCGCCACCACGAACACUCAACACCUGCAGAGGCACGCGUCGCCGAUGCCGAGGUGCCUCAUGGCCAAGAAGUGGAAGGCCUACCCGUGGGCAGACCGCGGCGGCGAGGACAAGGCGACACCGCCCCCAGCGGAGGACGAGGACGAGGAGGAGAUAGACGUGGUAGGCGAGUCGCCCGCGGCGAGUGUCCUGCCACCUCCAGGAAACCCUUCCCCGUGCUGGGGUCCGUCACUGCUGCCACACCGGAUUAUGGCAGUGGUGCCAACAGCAGGGUCUCUGUUCUCUACAAUGGUUACGUCCAGGACCUGUCCUCUCUCCACUUCACCGCAUUCUUGCCCAGGGUGGAUAGGGAACAUGACGAAGGACUGGCCUAUCCCCCUCACCAGCCAUCAUACGCGACACUGCAGACUGCUGCAGAGGCGCAGCAACAGAAUCUUGAGAUGGGCGCAGACAGACGACCGUGGGCUGAGCCCCUGCCUCCCUCCUCCCCAACCAACGCUUCGCCCCCAAGGAACAGGAAGUCUCUAGCCAUGUGCUUCACAAGCACCGGAGCUGCGCUGUCCCUACCUCCAAAGAAGAAAGAUAUUUAUCGUCCCUACUCCUUAGACGACAGACCUGCCAAGGAUCACGAGGCGUCGCAGGUUCGACGCCCGGCGGAGGAGGACCUGACAGCAGCACAUGCCAUCCUGGACCUGAGUGCGUCGACGGCCAACAGCGUCGCUCAGCCUGAGGCGAGUCAGCAGAACGACGAUGACAAGCAAUCGGGAGCUUCGGCGUUCAGGUUAGGAAACCAACCCGCUGGGACGACGGUGGCAUACACGUACGAGGCGUUCUUUGUCAGUGAUGGACGAUCUAAGAGGAAAUCUCUGAAUUCAACAGCGAUAUCCACUUUGCCAGGUAUCACUUCAGUGACAAGCGAAAAUCGACCCAGAUACACGUGUUCGGAAUGCGGGAAACAGUACGCGACAUCGUCCAACCUGUCGCGUCACAAACAGACGCACCGAAGCCUCGACUCCCAGUCGGCCAAGAAGUGCGUCACGUGCGGGAAAGCGUACGUCAGCAUGCCCGCGUUGGCCAUGCACCUCCUGACGCACAAGCUGUCGCACGCGUGCGGUGUGUGCGGGAAACUGUUCUCGCGACCCUGGCUGCUCCAGGGACACCUCCGCUCGCACACGGGCGAGAAGCCGUUCGGAUGUGCUCACUGCGGCAAGGCGUUCGCCGACCGUUCCAACCUGCGCGCGCACAUGCAGACGCACUCUGCCGACAAGAACUUCGCCUGUACGCGCUGCCACAAGUCCUUCGCCCUCAAGUCUUACCUCAACAAACACCUCGAGUCCGCGUGCUUCAAGGACGGCGCUGGCAGUGUACCUGCACCUGACGAGGCUUCGUCGCCUCUCAUGGCAGCAAGCUGUCCUCCUCUUUCCCCACCUCCAGAGUCGUCACACCUCCUAACGCCUUCACCCUCGGCUCUAAGCAUCGGUUAUUCCUGUUGAAAAAUACUGUGCAAAAGCUUCGUCCACGCACUCACUAAUAUUAUGUUGCUUAAAGCCUGUAUAUCCCUACGGAUUUACCGGUGGCUUCUCUGUGUGAUGUGAGGCCCAAAAAUACUGCGAAAUUCUUUUGUGGCGUCGGGAAUUAGUCAUUUUGACAUGUCUGCUCUUUCUAGACUCCCAAGUUUUAUAACAAAAUAUCUAGGUAUAGAAAUGGCAGAGGUUAUAUUUAUCUAAUGUUAAAUAUAUUACAAGAACUUACGUAGCCAUGUCCUUAUUCAUAAACGUACGAGCACUCCAAUAAACACGCGUGAAUGGAAUAGUUUUUCUUGCACCAAAGUAAGGCUGCAUAUUCCUUUGAAGUCAGAUGCACAAUUUUGAUUUUAAGAAUUAAGGCACAAUUAUAAACAAAGGCGCUAUAGAUACUAAGUAUACCAACACGAAUUAUUUCAGUAAAUUAAAACGUAAAUUGAAAUAACCUUUUUGAAUACAUAAUAAUUAAAUUAAAAGUCAAAUUCGAAUACAACAAUUAUUAAAUUGUAAAUAAUACAUAGAAAUUAAGUUUAGUUACCACUGCAUUAUUCAUCACAUUACAGAAGCCAUUGACGGAGGUAAUGACAAACCUGUAUCUUUAAGUAUUAAAGAUUUUCUGUCGGCUCCAUUCCGCGUAGUGUAAGCUGCGUCUCUUUUUUUCGUAGUACCGGGCUUUUUCAACAAAAAAAUAUUUAUUGACGGUAACAAAGUGAAAUUAGCUCAUAUGAUUUACAACAUGUUUAAAUAAAUUAACGUGGAAGAAGGUCGUCUGUCAGGCCCAAAACGAGCUUCAGAAUAUCACGUGACAAUCUGUGGUUUGCCUAAGCCCAACAGUUUCGGAAUUCAAACAAACAAAUUUGACUGAAAAUACAUGGACCUUAGACGGUUAUAUAUCUACCCCAUAAAUUACAUCGAAUUAAAUCUUUUUGCAAACGAGUAAUUUGUCUUUAAAUUCUUGUGUUACUGCAUUUUAAAUAAAUUUAACAAAAGUGACAAACAGGUACCAGCCCCACACUGGAAACGUCAAACGGAUCAUUCCGUCUCUUAAAGGCUUUGAGGUGAAAUCUAUUCCCCGUGGGGAUAAAUUUAGUCACCGGUGAGCCACCUCGGAGUCUUUAUAGCUCAAGCAAAUCGGUCCCUGUCGUUCUUAAUGAUCUGAAUGCGAUAAGUGAUUGUAAAAAAAAUGUACGUAUACAUUUUGUAAAAUUAAAUUAAAUAUUUUUUCAACGAGUACGCAGUUUCCGUAAAUUACCGUCUCCAGACAUAUUUUAUACUGGAAUUUUUCAUUCUUGGUGUUGAAAAUUUAUAGAACGAGCAAAUAAUUAAAAAAAAUUACAGUACAUUCUUUCUAUCAUUUUUUUAAUUAUAUAGACAGAAAAGCGUAAAUACAAUAUAUUUCAUAUAGUUUUAUAAAAGGAAACAUGUAUAGAUUCCCAUGAAACAGAACCCUUUAACGUCUAGUCUUUAGAGUGCUUCAAACCCAUCAUGUAUUUAAACCAGCACGCUAAUAUAUUUAUCUGUGUAUUUAUUUAUUACGUCUGUUCUAUCGGUUCAUACGAAAAUCGAAGAGUUUCAUGAACAACGAAUCUGUAACGAUACUGAGCACGGCUUCUAGGAUAGAAGUUCUGCAGUCAUUUAUUUAGUUAGUGAGAGACUCUAGUCAUUUAACUCAUUAGCUGAUUACCAUACAUAAUAUCCUAGUGUUUAAUAAGUAUACUGAACUGAUACUUUUAAUAGGUAGCCAACACAUGUAUACCUAAGUCAACACUCAAGUUGAGACAAAUGCUGAAUUUAUAAAAUAAAUUAAUAUAAAAAUCUUUAGUAAAAUUUCAUACAUUUAGGACAGAAAUCCGACCAUACAGUAACUUAUGAUACUAUUUAUGAUAGCAAUAUUUAUAACUGCAUAUAUAGAAUAACAUACGUUGUUAUUCAGCAUUUUAAUUCAAGACCACAAUGGUUUGUAAUAUAAAAGCUAUUUUACACAAUGUUAAAAAUGAAGUUUGUAUAGUCUUUAUAUAAUGAACAUUACCAGAGUAAGCGGAUUCACGUUUUUACAGUUCAGGAGUUACCACGUCAAAUUGUGGCAAAAAUAAAUCUCCAUACUCGUGACAUUCCAAGCCCACGUGGCUACAGAACUGGUUUUAUUUUGUGACGAUGUGUUUGUUAUAUUGUAUUAAAAUCGUGUACAUCACAAAGCUUUGUUCUGGUGUUAGGAGUUAGCUGCCACCGCUUACGAUGGUUUCAAAACAGUGAGGCGUGUCUUAUACUUUUAUUUAUGUACUCAGCAUGACGUAAAACGCCAGACAGUGGGACUUGAGCCAGGGGUAUUUUAUCCACAAUAGUAUUAUUAUAUUAUUAAAGCUGAUAUUCUUUUAAAUUACUUGUAAUUUCUAUGGUGUACAUGACUUUAAGAAGCUUGUAAUAACGAAAUCGUAAAUAUACCAAAUCGGUAUAAUUUAUGCAAUAUUUUGGCAAAAUUUGUACAUAUUUUGUGUAUGGUUUAUGAAAUAUAAAUUUCGGAUAUGCGGUAGACAAAUGUAGAUGUAUAGUCCUAUAAAAAUGUAAAAUACACACAUGUCAAAACAACAAAAAAUGUAGGAGCUAUUGAUAUGGUGCAAUAUUUAAAAUGUACAGUUAGUUUAUAAUUUAAGUGUAUUUUGCUUAUGUUUAUCAAAUUACCGAAGCCUUAUGCUAGUUCCCAAAGUACUGAACUUCAGUGAUAAGAAAUGCCUUCAUUAGGUAACCUUCUAAUACCUGAAUUGUACUAAUAGUAAUUUAUAAAUAUAUAGGCCUACGCCGUAUAAAUGUAAUUCAGAAAUUUAAAAUCCAGCCACAUACAAAUAAUUUUAUAAACAUUUUCAUGUUCCCAUACAAACGUUUCGCGAAGAUUUCAACGUUGGAGUCAUAAAAUCGCAAUGCGUUAUUCACUUUACCGCUUUCUGGGCUGACUGUCAAUAUCUUACCCGAUCACCGCCUGAUAUCCCAGAAGGGAGCAUCUUCAUACGAAGUCCCCGUGAGAACCUGAAAUCUCACCUAUUAUUCACCUUGUCUCACGAUGUCAAGCGACAGUGACUUAAGAGGUACAGUCUGUUCCCGAACACUGUACGCACACAAUUCUUAACGUGGCAUUUAUGUUGAACGCGACGCACCCUUCUGGAAUCUCAGUCGCUUUGAUGUGGCUUUAAGUUGGCUAUCCGUUUAUAUUCUAGUCCGCAUUAAACAGUCUCUUUGUCUUAUCGAUUUUGUAAUGUAGUAUCUUUUACUUUUCUCUCUGCGUCUUCUGUUCGCCAUUUUAUAUUCAUUUUCCAUCUCUCUCUCUCUCUCUGUUUUACACGUGCGUUUCUUGGCACCGUCAGUCCACCAUCUUCAUGCCAGAAUAAUCCUCUUCAAAUAAGAGUAAGGCAUUUUACAUGAAAAACAAAAAUUAUUACAAACUGCAAAUGCUACUUAAACCUGCGUUUUCAUUCCAUUGGAAAUUCUUGGGACGUCUUCACUGUUUCAUCUCUUUCAUUUAUUUAUUAUUUCCUCUUGAAGCUGCUUUAUUCCUUUUUCUCUUUUGCCUCUGUGCAUAUAUUUUAUCUAAAGACUCUGUCAAUAACUCAGAUACAGAGUCGGGAGAUUUGAUGAGUAAUUUAUUUAAUUAAUUAAGUGGCCAAUUGUAUGGUUCUAUCGUUCCUUCUUCCUUUACUUAUUUCUCCGUACUCUUCCUUAUUUAUUUCCAUCUUUCUCUUUGCCAUUCUUUAUUUAUCUGUAUUUCAUACUUUCUCUCUGUCCUUUCUUCUUUCUGUCUCUUCGUUUUUCUUUCGUCCUUUCUUCUUUCUGUG